AUGGACACCAGCAACAUUCCCACUACUAUGCAAGCCUGGACGUUUAGCACUUCUGGUGCUCCAGAACAGAUCUUGUCGUUGAAUUCUUCAUUACCAAUGCCUCCCAAACCGAAAGGGUCUCAAGUCCUCGUCCGAAUCUCUCAUGCCGCCCUGUCGUCUGCUGGCAAAAGCCUCAUGAUGGUCGUCCCCUCUGCCCUUCGAAAGAACGCGAUCCCAGAACUCGACUUUUCCGGAUGCGUUGUACUGGCGGGCCCUGGUGUCCCUCCUAGACUUGGACCUGGUACACCAGUCUUUGGAACUGUAUCCAAGUAUGCCACUGCUGUGUCGGGCCAUGGUACGCUGGCAGAGUACCUUCUCAUCGGCUCUGACUGCCUCGCUAUCAAGCCUACCAACAUGACAUUCGCCGAGACUGCUUGUCUAAGUGUCCUCAGCCAAGUUGCUAUGGGAAUUAUUCAAAAAGCCCAGGUCAAGAAAGGAGAUAGCAUCUUAAUCAAUGGAGGUAGCGGGGCUGUUGGGACUGCUGCUAUCCAGUUGGCGAAACAUCUCGGGGCACACGUCGUUGCUGUGUGCUCAGGAUCGAAAGCGGAUAUUGUCAAGAGCGUUGGCACAGACGAGGUUGUCGAUUAUCGUCAAGUCAAGUCCGUCCCAGGUUUUCUCACAGAAACAUAUGGAAAGGCUCCCUUUGAUGCUAUUUUGGACACAGUCGGAUCACAAGAGUUGUUCAUAAAAUCACCCGGAUAUCUCAAGCCAGAUGGAAUUGUUGUCAACGUCGGUGAGGGUAAUGGAGAAACGGGGCAACUGUCUUUCAUUCUCCAGGCUCUUAGAAAUACCCACCAGCCUUCGUUCUUGGGCGGCGUUCCCAGAAAAUACAUCACAUUCAGUGCCCCUCUAACCGGCGCAAAUGCGGAGCGGUUAGCCUCGCUUGCAGAAGAAGGGAAAAUGCGCGUGUUUAUUGACUCGUCAUUUCAUUUCAAGGAUGCUCUCAAGGCAAGUCCUCUGUCCAUCUCCGCGUUGUGUGAACCCACUAACACUGCAGCCAGGCUUAUGAGCGGUUCAACAGCCCAGAGACAAGAGGAAGAGUUCUAG